CUGCUGGUGGCGAAGAUGGCGGAUGGGGACAGUGGCAGUGAGCGCGGCGGUGGUGGCAGCAGCAGCGGAGGUGGAGGCAGUGGUGGAGGUGGAGGUGGAGGCAGUGGUGGUGGUGGAGGUGGAGGCGGCGGUGGAAGUGGUAGUGGAUUUCAACAUUACCAGCGGGAAGCAGAGACCCAGGAGCUGGCCUCGAAGCGGCUAGACAUUCAGAACAAACGCUUCUACCUUGAUGUAAAGCAGAAUGCCAAAGGCCGGUUCAUCAAAAUCGCCGAGGUCGGCGCCGGGGGCUCUAAAAGUCGGCUGACCCUCUCUAUGUCAGUUGCAGCAGAGUUCCGCGACUACCUGGGGGAUUUCAUAGAGCACUACGCCCAGCUUGGGCCUAGCACCCCGGAGCAGAUCGCUCAAUCAUCCGGUGGGGAUGACACCGGGCCUAGACGGGCCUUGAAGAGCGAGUUCCUGGUGCGUGAGAACCGAAAAUACUACCUCGACCUGAAGGAGAACCAGCGGGGUCGGUUUCUCCGGAUCCGGCAGACCGUCAACCGAGGCCCCGGUUUUGGAGUUGGAGUAGGUGGCAUCCCCGGGGCUGGCCUGCAGGCCGGACAAACCAUCGCACUCCCGGCCCAAGGCUUAAUAGAGUUCCGCGACGCCUUGGCCAAGUUGAUAGACGACUACGGGGGAGAUGAGGAGGAGCUGGCCGGCGGCGGAGGGGCCGGGGGCUACAGCGAGCUUCCAGAGGGCACUUCGAUCAUGGUGGACUCCAAGCGGUUCUUCUUUGACGUGGGGUCCAACAAAUACGGAGUUUUCUUGCGGGUGAGCGAAGUGAAGCCCAGUUACAGAAACUCUAUAACAAUCCCCUUCAAGGCGUGGAGCAAGUUCGGGGGAGCGUUCAGCCGCUACGCCGAGGAAAUGAAAGAGAUCCAGGAGCGGCACCGGGAUAAGAUGUACGAGAGGAGAGCCGGAGAGGAGUCGGAGGGCGACGACGUGGACGACGAUUGAUGGAGAGUGACCUGUAAAGAAUGGCUUGCCCAGACAGACCCACAACACCCAGAGCCAUGGUCUCAGCAAUAGGGGGAAUCCUUGGCAUCUCAGGACAUCCACUCAGCCCAGUGAGGUCCCAUAAGGUGAUCUGUUACAAGCACAUGAUUCAUUCGGAUUCUACGGACAAUCCAAAUGACCUCUUCCCUCCCUCUCUCCCUCCUGGGCAUCCCUUAGGUGCUAACCUCCUGCUCCGAUAGCUGAAACGGGCUGAGGGCCUCCUCACACGUGGCUUGUUUUGCCUCAGGGCUGGCUAGUCCAAUCUGUAUUUCUGGGUAUGUUAGCAUUACCUGUGCCUGUGCAUCAUCCUCAAGAGGUUCUGGCUGCACAUCUGGUCAGCCAGUUGCUGCCGUCGAGACGUCUGUGGUAACUGAUGAUGUCUCAUAUGAGGCAGGCCCACGUUUCACCUUUUUGUCAGGGGACACGGUGAGCUCAGGCCUCUAGCACUGGUCACGAUUUUUCCAGUUUCAGCUUAAUAUUUCCGGGCUUGAGCUAUUAUUUAGGGUGCGCCAUUUGGAUUCUUUCAUCUUGAACUCAGACCAUUAAUGACUGAAGCAAUAUUCAGUCUGAUUGUAAGAAAAAUUAGGUCCUCUUGGAAAACAAAACUGUUACUUUUAAGGAAGAAAUAUAUAUUCUGGAAGAGAUUUACUUACUAAAAAGAUCAAGUAUAGAUAUAAUUAUUUUUCAAAAGAGAUAUAUUGAAAUAUGUCUUAGAAUUAUGAGACACUUAUUAGAUGAUGCUGCCUAAAGUGGCUUGUUUAAAACACUAAACUGGGAUGCAACUGUCCAGGGUGAUAUUUCAUACCUGCUUUUUCCUAACAUUUCUUUUAUUCCUUAGAGGAAAUUAAGAAAAGUACAACAAAUUGAUAACAAAUUAUGUUAUAGCAAUUUCUAGAAACGACUUCAUUGAAGUAGUUUGUCAGCAAACACUCAGCACUCCAGUUCACUUUACAUAGCAUCGAGUUGUCCCCUCGUUUCAGUCCACCCGUUUUACCGUGUUUUGUCACAAAGUGGCAAACGCAUGCAAUCAUCAACAUUUUGUCUUCAGUGCUCCCUUUUUAAAGAUAUGAUCAUUUUUGCAUGCGUGCUCUUAUGCGGAGCUGCCUUGUGUUCUUUUCUUUUGCUUAUUCUGAUUGCUGUAUAAUGGUAUUUAUCCAUUUUUGAGAGCGGGUUCAAGUUUUAUUUCCUGCAAUGGAAAAAGUAUGAAGUUUACUUCUCAGCCUAAUAAAAAAAAAAAGCCACAAAGUUCCGUGCUUUGGUUAAUGUUACUUUCAUUGUCCCACUU